AUGUCCCUCGCCUUUCUCCUCAAACGAACCCACCCCCACAUCCUCGCUCGCAAACUCUCCACAUCCACCACCCCCACUCCGCCCAAACCCCUCCCCCUCCCAAAAAUGGGCAAAAAGAAAUCCUCAACACCCGGCGAAGAGAACCUCCUCCUCCCCACGCCGCCCUCGCUCCUGGCCAUCGUGGACACCCACACGCAUAUAGCGUCGACGUUCGAGUUUUAUCGGGGCCGGUAUAAGCAGGGGAGGUAUAUGGACGUGCAUGAGUUCGUGAGGGCGAUGUAUGAAGGGAGGAGGGUGGAGGCGGUGGUGGAUGUGUGGUGCGAGGCGCCGGUGAGGGCGUUUUGGAGGGAGUUUGCGGAUGCGGCGAAGGAGGAGGGGAAGUGGGGUGUGAUGGAGUAUUGGUUCGUUAUGGGUGUCCAUCCACACGAAGCCAAGCUGUACACAGAUGACGUAGAGAAAGAUAUCCUCGAAGCGAUGGCCCACCCCCGCUGUGUCGGAUGGGGCGAGAUGGGGCUCGACUACCACUACGACAACUCCCCGCGCGAGAUCCAGCGGGACGUCUUCACGCGCCAGCUCCGCCAGGCGGUGAAGCUGAAAAAGCCGUUGACGAUCCAUACGCGCGAGGCGGAGGAAGACACGGAGAGGAUCUUGAAGGCGGAGGUGCCGAGGGAGUAUAAGAUACAUGUGCAUUGCUUUACGGACUCGCCGGAGUUUGCGCAGAGGCUGUUGGAUCAUUUCCCGAAUCUGUACAUAGGGAUUACUGGCGUCAUCUCGUACGCGACGAACGACAACACCUCCGCCGUCAUCCGCAACAUGGUCACUUCCUCCGUCCCCUCCUCCGUCCCACCUACUUCCUCAUCAACCCCUCCUCCAUCCCCACCCCCAUCCCCCCUGCGCAUCCUCCUCGAAACCGACGCGCCCUUCAUGGUCCCCGCGAACCUGUACGACGACCUGCCCGCUAUCAAAGGGAAGAAGCUCCCGAUAUGCCAUAGCGCGAUGGUGCCGUGGACGGCGAAGUUCGUGGCUGAUGUUGCGAAUCAGGCCGUUGAAAAAGAGCGCAAGGAGGGCGAUGAGGAUGGGGACGCGAAGGAGGGACCGUGGACGCCGGAUGAGGUUAUGAGAGUCGCGAGGGAGAAUGCGAAGAGGGUGUAUGGGGUUUGA